AUGUCCCUCUCCCAGCUCACCGCCGACCGAAUUCCCCAUCCCACUCAUCCUGAUCGGUUUCGCUAUAUUCAUAACUUCCAUCGCUACAUUUCUCGCCUCCCUUCUAUUCCUCCGAUUGCUCCGCCUACCGUCACCGCCGCCGAGUCCGCCUACUACGUGCCCGGAUUCCAGGCACCGUGGGACCCUAAUACGGAGGUGGACAUUUAUCUUCUUCACAAUGCCAUGCUCACCACCGGUAGCCGAACCCGCAUCGGCAACGGAGCCCUGUAUUUCGAAGACCCCACCUAUGCCACCGACCCCGCCAUCUCACCCGACCACCCGUACGACGAGCCGCCUGCCGCGCGCCCCCUUCUUGCGCUCCCGCCCAUUCCCGCGGACGAGUCGAACCACAGUGCAGAACCCGCCACCGACCCCACCAUCGUCAGUUCUCUCGUUGCAGCUCAGCCCGCCGUCAUCAAUCUCCGACUCCCACCGACCGCCCCGAGGGCCCCGUCGUUGGCGCAGCUACAGACUGAGCUCGCAGCCCGAGACCCGGUACCCCGCAUCGAGUAUCGACCGAACCACGACAAUGCCUUGGGACGGGCCAUCGACGAGGCCUUUGCACGCUUCGAGCUACACUACACCGACCACAGCACAGGUGCCCGCCAGACCACGGCACCGCUGGCACCGCCGCCCGAGUACCGCCAGCAUGCGCUCGAUAAGAGCCCGCGCGAAUCGACGGCAGCACACGACACCGACGUCAGGAUGGCCGAAGAACAGGAGGGCCCAGAGGCGGGCGAACUGCGCUACCCAACCGACGAAGAAGUGGACCAGCUUCAAGCCGACAGCGAGCAGCCAAGCCCGCUCCACACGCCGCUCACCCCCUCACCGGUAGUCUCACCGCUCGGCUCACCUCGGGAGCUCACCCCGGAAGAGUCCUCUGAUGACCCGCCCACUGUCGUGAUUCUUCGCCAGCCGUACAACCUGCGCCCACGCCCGCGCCCGACUACGCACCCAAGCCAGCAGUAUGCGCGCCCUCCUUCAGCACCUGCCUCUGUCAAACGCCGUCGUCUCGCCCGUCGCAACAAGAGCAAGUCGCCGGCACGCGGCCGUGAGCUCGCUCUACAGACCCUCGAACGAACCACUCUCAACGGACUUCUCGAUGUGCCCCCCCGCCUUUGGACGAAGCGCGAACGCCGGUUUGUUCGCCUCAUCAUGCGCUCACUCCACCGCGCGUCCGAGGGCGGCAUCGGCCAUGGCGAGCCGGCCAGCAUCAUGAACCACCGCCGCAGCUCUCGCGCCAUGGACAUCGACACCGACAACUAG